UUCUGCGGAUGCAAAUGCCCUUGUCAGUGGAGCUAGCUGUCUAGACAGACUAGAAUAACUAGUAAAGAGUGUUGUGUUUUGGACAUUUUCCUCCAGAAGUUCGUACUAUAUAACAUACUAUUGAUUUUGAGACCAUGGCUGCCAAGAUUUUGUCUCUAGUCAAGUUUACCACUAAAGUGACCAUUGCAGGAGGAGCCCUUUAUGUGGCGUAUGAUUCAAGGCUGCUUGGAGGUAGCGAAGAGGGGUCUGUUGCCUUGGGUAGAGCUAAAGCCGCGAUCCCCCCUGCUGUCGAUGAGUGGAUGAAGUACUUUGGCUUUAAGCUUCCAGCCACACCCAAAAUAGAGUUCUCCCCACUGGAUGCAUGGAACUCCGGGGUCCAAAAGUCUAUCCACACCUUAUCGAUUGCUCCGUCCACAAUGACUGACUACACCAAGCACAGCCUGCAAUACCUGAAAGAUCUCUCAAAAUGAGCGUUUAAUGUAUAACAGUUUUCUUAAGAUACAAUCAUCAUACAACUUCUCAAGAUGCAAUGGCUGAGAAGGCUGAUAGACUUCAGGAAUCUCCAAGUAUAUGUUUGUCUCCCCAUAUAUUUAUAAGUUACUGAUGGAAUUCCAUUUAUACAGAGAAACAAAAAUGGAAGUCUGUUGAAUUCACAAUAUGAAGAUAUUAUGUAAAUAACACCAAAAUUAAUUGACACUCUGCCUUGUGGGUUUAAAGUAACAGAAAUAUACCUUUAUUGAAGCUCUGAGAUGAGUGCUAAUUUGAAGAUAGUAAUGUAAACGUGUUCUAUAUGUAUAUUUUUAUUUCAUAUUUAUUUCUUCGUCCUAGACAUGUCCAUCCAAACCCAUCUAACAUAAAUGUUUUAUACAGGAAUAAACUGAUCCCAAAUAAGUUUUGUAUAGUUUGUAUAACUAAUCCCAUGGUGCUUUGUCUAAUGUAAAAUAAGUGUUGUCAAUUAUUUGAUUUUCUUUUGCUUAUAUAUAUAUAUAUACACACACACACAACAGUUAGUUCCGGUCCUCAAAUCUGAUUGGACGAGAGACGUUCCAUGAGCACUGAUGGUCUGACAGGAUCAGCACUCGGACGCUUCACUAUGUGUAUCACUCCUCUUGUGUUCGUGCUGUUCUAAACUAAGGUGUAAGAGCAGUGCAUAUCUGUUAGGAGUUACUGUCUUUAUUUUUGAAAUUACGUAUGUUAGCCAGCAGGUGGUUGCAAAAGAUCAUUUUUGUGUGUAAUCUGAGCCAGUUGGAACCGUUAGUCAUUGUUUACAUAGAACAGCACCCAUCAAUCCAUCCUUGUUUAUCCAAUAACUUGUGAUACUAUUUCUGAAGUGAACUUUUUGAAUUACUAAUGGAGGUUUGGACUCAUCAUUUGUGUUGAACCAACAAAGGCAGAUUAUGAUCCGUAGCGUAAGAACGUAGUUCCAUGCACAAAUGCGUUUUUAUGACCUUACAUGGUUUUUCCUAAUUUUUUUUUAUCUAUUUGUUCAUUGAAUAUAAGCAAUAUCACACUCGCAAUUGUGCUAUAUGGCCCUACAUCAGCACUGCUGUAAUUACCUUCGGCCUGCGGCCGAAUCACAGCAGUGCUGAUGUAGGCCAUAUAGCACUCUUGCUCAUGUGAUAUUACUAAUAUAUAGAUAUAGAUAUAUUAGAACCCUACUGAUCUGUUUUUUUUUUUGUUGUUGUUGUUGUUGUUGUUUUUAGACUGAUUACCGAUAUGGUGGUUGAUAGUUUUUGAGCUGGAAUGAAAUCAGACCAUUUCUAUGUGGAUUGUGCACUGCGCUGAUUUUGCACCAAUAUGACUAUGCAAAGGUACUCAGAGGGCUGCUUUCUUAAACAAAUAUUUUUAUCAGAGAAUAUUUGACAUCAUUAUUAUAUUGUCAACCAAUUCUAGAAAUGAACACUGAGAAAUUAAAGAAUAAAUAAAAAUACAAUAAAUAGCUUAAUAUUGUAGUAAUGUAUGUUCAGUAUCUGUCAGUUGCUGAUAAUUUAAAGAAUAAAUAAAAAUUAUAGCUGAAUAAAAAUCAACUACGUUAUG